UGGAGAAAGUAUUGGAGUCCAAGCUGAAAGGGGGAGAGCAGUUGAGAUUUUGUGCAAAGAAGUGCUUUGCUCCUGCAGAGGACAGUAUCUCGGGAAAAAUAGCACACAUAUUUUAAAUUGGUCAUCUGAACUCUUUUUGCACGGUGCACAGCUCAAAGCCUCUAAUUCAUGUUUUAGUGUUUUUUAUAUAGAUAGCAACACUCUUGGAUAAAGACUCUUGGCUUUAGCUUUAAGAAUCGGAUUAUCUGACUGAGGCAUUGUGUUCAUUAGAGCAGUCUACUUUUUCCCCUCCUCUUCGCAUUUGAGGUUUAUGCUAUAACUGAAGAGAACACCAACAAUGAUUCUGAGUUUUUGCCUCUUGGUGACAUUUAUCUUGGGGCUGUCCGGGUGCUUGGGCUCAUACGUGCCGUGCGAGCCUUGUGACCAGAAGGCGCUGUCCAUGUGCCCCCCGGUCCCGGUCGGCUGCCAGCUGGUCAAGGAGCCCGGCUGCGGCUGCUGCCUAACGUGCGCCCUGUCCGAGGGACAGGCGUGCGGCGUGUACACCGGGACGUGCACCCAGGGCCUCCGCUGCCUGCCGAGGAGCGGGGAGGAGAAGCCCCUGCACGCCCUUCUCCACGGCAGGGGAGUGUGCACCAACGAGAAAGGAUACAAACCUGCCCACCCGCCCAUAGAUCGUGAGUCUCGAGAACACGAGGACACUAUGACCACAGAGAUUACAGAGGAAUUGCAGCCAGCUAAAGUGCCACUCCUUCCUAAAGACAUUGUGAACAGUAAAAAAGUCCAUGCACUGCGCAAGGAGCAAAAGAGGAACCUGGGCAAACAGCGCUCCAUGGGCACCCCAAUGGACUACUCCCCUCUGCCCAUCGACAAGCAUGAGCCUGAAUUUGGUCCAUGCAGGAGAAAACUGGAUGGCAUCAUUCAGGGGAUGAAGGAUACGUCUCGUGUAAUGGCUUUGUCUUUGUACCUUCCCAACUGCGACAGAAAAGGAUUCUUCAAGCGCAAGCAGUGUAAGCCAUCUCGCGGCCGCAAACGAGGCAUCUGCUGGUGUGUGGACAAGUAUGGUGUUCAGCUCCCUGGCACAGACUACAGUGGCGGAGACAUUCAGUGUAAAGACCUGGAGAGCAGCAACAACAAUGAGUGAAAAGGGGAGGACCACCCUGGACCGCUACCCCCCACCCCCUAACCACCAUGUGACCCAGGGCCCACGCCUCCUCUCUGAAUCACACCUGUAUGCUCCGCCCUCCGUUCACUUCAAGAUUUUUGUUUUUUCAAAUUGAAAAAAAAGGAAGAAAAAAUAAUCCAAAUGAAAGAACAGGCCGAGAAAAAGACAACUGUAUUUUUUUCUUUUCUUUUCUGUUGUUGACCAAGCACUCAUCUCGAAUGAGGGGAAAAGUCCCAGAAGAUUUACUAGAUCCCUUGACUAUUGCUCAUGGGACCCCUUGUAUGAGCCAGGUCCCCUGAUUGCAGAUCCAUGAAAAUAUAUGCACGCAAUGGAUAUAUUUUUAUAGAAGCCGGGGGUUUCAGUACAACACUUUGUAUGAUGUAAAAUUAUCACAAAAUCAUUUUGAAGAGAAAAAAAGCAUCAGGCACACUGAUUAAAAACACCAGUUUUAGGCUGUGGAACAUGAUGCUACUGUGGAACUGACGAUUGGCUGUUGAGUAAUUUGUUUUUUUUUUGUCUGUUUUCCAAAAGAAAAAAAAAGAAACAAGAGAUAGGGAUAUGCUGUAACAGCUGACUCUAUCUGGGUACGUGGUUCUGUCAGAGCACUUAAGAAUAGGGGAACCUGCUUAGAUAUGUGUAACUUCACAAAAUGAUGCAUGCAUGAAUGUGUGUAUGUAUGUAUACAGUGCGAAUGUGUGGUAUGUAUCAGCCUAUGUUGGUGUAUGAUGGAGUGAGCCUAUUACAAAAAAAGAAUGUCCUAAUUUGUUUCUCUUUCGUUUGAUUUUGUCACAACUAGUAUUGAUAGCGCUUGAAGUGGUCUUGGGGCUGGCUUUCUCUUUAUUGUAAAGUAUGCCUCGGGACACGGAGCAUUCAUAAACAAAAGAGUAAGCAGAUCGUCACAGAAUGAACCUAUGUAAGUGGCUCUUCAACAAUGUAGCUAGCCUGAUAUGCCAACUGUGCCUAUUUGAACAGACAAUGCCAUGCAGGGCGACACAGAGCUUAGAGACCGCUGACGCUACUGGCGAAAUAAAGCUUUUCAGCUGAAGUGAUGAGACUCAAGUUCGACUUCGAUCUUUCGAGUUCAGUGUGUAAUCACACUUGCCAGUCCGGCCUGCUGCUUCUCUGAUUCAGUUGUGUGAAGUGUAGUUCUGUAUGGUUUUGUUUGUGCUGUUUUCUUUGCCUUCAGUGAAGUAAAGACCGCCCACUUUUGAGCCAUGUUCCUUUAUCAAGUGGUUUCCCCUCAGUACUGCUACUACAGUAUAACCCUGGUGUAUUACAUUACUUUUAAAUAUAGUUAUUGAAUGUUGUUUUUCCUGUAGAAACAAAUUAUGGCAACAAUGUAAUUGUGCUUGGAACAAAAAAGAUUUUAGCCUGUAAAGAAUUUGAAUAGGUUCCUUGUAGCCUGUCAGGAGAAUGACCCAGAGUCAUUUGACUACAGGGCAGUCAAAGAAGCUAACCCUCUGGAACCCUUCUGUGUUCCCUUCAUGCUUCCAGGAAAAGGUUUUCCACCUACAUCUAAGGGGAACAUGACGAAAACAAAAAUGUUACAGGUUAUAACAGGGUCAUUUAAAUUGAGUUGUUCUCUCUCUGUGUGUGUCACAGUGCCUUCCUACAUGCAAAUACAUUAAAUAAUGACGUGAAAGUGACAUGGAUAUCAUACGGGGCAACUUCCUUUUUCAGACUGCCCUCGCCAGGGCUGAUACUUGAUACAAAAACAAAGAGGUUUAGGUUUACUUCUGAUUAAGAGAAGAACAAUGAAUGUGGUAGGUCCUGUAAAUGGUGUCAGCAACGCAUUGCAAAUCCGUUUGUAAUCUCUGCCUGUACCUCGGGGCAAUUCUGGACAAGAAUGAUGUGUGAGGAACCACUGUGUAUCUGCAGUCAGUUAAACCUCCCUCUUUCUUUGACAACCAAUAAGCUAGGAUUCUCGCUUUUUCAUGUGAAUGCCAAUGUAUAUGAUUGCCAGAGAGGGGAAGCCAGAGGAAGUUUGGAGGUAAUUCAACAAUUUCCUUCGCUGCAACAAAAGGGAAAUGAUAUGUGCAUCCUAAAUGGCUUCAGGUUGUGAAUAUAUAUCAAGGCUCCUUGCCCCUCUUCCAACACCAAAUCCCCACAACCACUUUCGAAAAAAGCAGCUUGCACUUAUUUCAGUUAUUCACUAUUGAUAUUGACACACAACAACGUCCUAAGAUGUGGUAUCAUGAAGUUAGUGGAACAAAUUUAAAAAAAAAAAAAAAAAAAAAAAAAAAAAAAAACCAAAACAAAAAAACUGCCACAAAAGCUGAAUGUUGUGUUAUAUUGUGCUUACCUUGUAAAGGUGGUGCUCUGAGGUAAUAUUUGUUGACAGGGGCUGUGCAGCCCAUGCCUGGGACCUCCAGUACAGACACAUCUUUUUUGGAAAAAAUAGACUGAAAGUAACACAAAACUAGAGAUGUUUUAAUGGCCUAUUGCACAGAGAUAAGAGUUGAGGAAGAGAGGGGGAAAAGAGAAGGAAGAGAGAGGGAAGAGGAAGAGCAAGCACCAUGGGCAGAGGUCAUAACCAGGGCCUAGCCACUUCCCCAAUAUGGGGUCACCAACUGCAUGACAUUAGAUACAGUUAGCAAGACAGUUAGCAGGUCCCAGAGUCACCGAAAUCUGGGGAAUGCAAUACUGCAACCAGGAGUAUAACAUCAAGUUCCAAUUUGAUCUGAAUACUCUUGAGUUGUAAAACAAUGAAAUAUCAUAUAUCUGGGAACAUUUAAUGUGUGGAUCAAUCGAGGUUGUGACUACUUAAAUGGUCCAGGCAUUUGUUUCUUUUGUUUUGAUUGCAAGUUGAGGUUCAGGAUUUUAAAGUCUUCUCUUCAUUGUGUCAGCAGCUGCCUGUUUCCCACACCUGUUUGCGAGUAGUGACUUCCUCAGGUUUCUCAUCUCCUACUUGGUUUAAAUUCAUAUUCACAUUUCAUACUUCAGUAGUACAGUAAUUACAGUACAGCUUUUUUCUGAAUACAUAACACUUUUUGGAUGUAAUGAGAAAACGUAAUUGGUUUUCAUAAUUUGGUGUUCACUGGCUUGUGAAAUAGACCCAUCAGUGGCAGGAGGAUAGUGGGAAAUAAAAUGGUCAGUAUUUGGAACUACAUAAGACAAAUAAAAAAAAAAAAAGAAAAAAUCUCAAAUUAUUAAAGUGAAUAUCACUGUGUAAUAUUUAUUCAACUUGUAAUUUAUGUACUCUUUUAACCUUUGUCUUUUUUGUUAUGACAAAGCAUUUAUUUAAAUAAAGUUAUGUAUUCAUUUACGCAUCUUGGUGAGGUUUUCAUUUCUAUUGUUGCAUUUUUAAGAGGAACAAGUGGCCACCAAAUUGGCUUGAAAUGUACAGUUUGAAGUGGAAUCAUCCUGAGAGUAAACAUGAACUAAUCUGCAAGGCACGAGCUGAUAAACCUCUUAGACAUAAGCCUGAGACGCCCAGGGUAUCCCACAGGAUCUCAUGCAGCAUGCAGGAUGUGACUUUAUAAAGCCUCGCCUAAGGGCAAGUCACCUGGUUUUCAACACCAUAGUCAAAAAGAUUGCACAGGAACAAGGAAGUCAUUUAACAUGAGUUUGAACUUCAAGGGGGGAGGGGGGCUCUAACAUCUAGUGGAAGCAGCUCACUAUUCAAAUGACUGGGAAGAAGGGAUUUGUAGCCUGGAGGAAACUUCAUCAUGUUAUGGAAAACCUUUAUUACCACUUCAAGGCAGAAUGGACUCCCCUGAGUCACACCCAUUAAUGAAGACAUACACAUGCAGCUAAACACAAGUGCAUACACAGACACAAGGUGUGGACAGAAUAGGAGAGGAAGAAAAGCCAUACCAGGUCUGGUAAAAUUAGCAGAAUUAGCCAUUGAUACUACAGUAGGUCAAAGGUGAAGCAAUUUCAGAAUGGUCUUUUGAAAAACGUAAAACACAAUGGGAUCACCUGGUUAAGUAAAGGUUAAAAAUCAAUGGCAAUGAUACCAGCUUUUAAGAUUAGCUAUUGGCUUUCAAUUUCUACAGUGUAUGCAGACACACAGAAUGAUAACAUAUUGAAAGGAUCUAAGGAUCUGUGCAUAUCCCCACAAAGGGGUAUCUGGAAUUUUUUAUUCCUUCAUUGAUUCCAGAAAGAGACAGAAUGGGACUUUUCUUUUUGGGGGGCACCAGAAUCUCUCCCUGGGGACCUCAGGACUAUGACGAACUCCAGAUGUGGUUGACUGAAGCAGGGCAUGAAAGGGUGGAGGGCCCAGCAGUUCCUGUAUAGC